AAGGUGUGUCACUUCAUUGUCAACCUGCGGUACUUUGAGAUGUGCAUCCUGCUGGUGAUCGCAGCCAGCAGUGUAGCUCUGGCUGCAGAGGACCCCAUUCACAAAGAAUCUGAGAGGAAUCAGGUGCUCAGGUACUUUGACUACGUGUUCACCGGAGUCUUCACAUUCGAAAUGGUGAUAAAGAUGAUCGAUAUUGGUUUGAUAUUCCACGAAGGCUCAUAUUUUCGCGACGUUUGGAACAUUUUGGAUUUUAUUGUGGUCAGUGGGGCCCUGGUUGCGUUUGCGUUCACGAAUCUUAUCGGGGGUUCCAGUGGAAAAGACAUAAACACGAUCAAGUCCCUCCGUGUUCUGCGAGUUCUCAGGCCACUGAAGACUAUCAAGCGGCUUCCCAAAUUGAAGGCGGUGUUCGACUGCGUGGUGACAUCACUGAAGAACGUGUUUAACAUCCUGAUAGUCUACAAACUCUUCAUGUUCAUCUUUGCAGUGAUCGCCGUGCAGCUCUUCAAGGGCAAGUUUUUCUACUGCACAGACAGCAGCAAGCUCACUAAAAAGGAAUGCAGAGGCCAGUAUGUGGUCUACGAGACUGAGAAUAAAGUGGUUGAUCGCGAGUGGAAACGUUACGACUUUCACUAUGACAACGUCAUCUGGGCCCUGUUGACGCUGUUCACUGUCUCCACCGGAGAGGGCUGGCCUCAGGUCCUGCAGCAUUCGGUGGAUGUGACAGAAGUGGACCAAGGACCCAUUCCAGGCAACAGGAUGGAGAUGUCCAUCUUCUACAUCGUCUAUUUCAUUGUCUUCCCCUUCUUCUUCGUCAAUAUCUUUGUGGCGUUGAUCAUCAUCACAUUCCAAGAGCAGGGAGACAAGAUGCUGGAGGAGAGCAGUCUGGAGAAAAAUGAGAGAGCCUGCAUCGAGUUUGCCAUCAGUGCCAAACCCUUGACAAGGUACAUGCCACAGAACAGACAGACCUUCCAGUACAGAGUCUGGCACUUUGUGGUGUCCCCCUCUUUCGAGUACACUAUCCUGACUAUGAUAGCACUAAACACCGUCGUCCUCAUGAUGAAGCAUCAUUCCCCACCACCGGGCUUUGUAACUGUCCUGAAGUUCAUGAACAUCGCCUUCACCAUCAGUUUCACACUUGAGUGUAUCCUCAAAAUCAUUGCCUUCGGAUUCCUGAAUUAUUUCCGAGAUUCCUGGAACGUAUUUGACUUUGUGACAGUGGUGGGCAGCAUCAGUGAGAUCAUCGUUAACGAGUGCAAACUAAAGUUUGUGAACCUGAGCUUCCUGAAGCUGUUCCGUGCGGCUCGAUUGAUCAAGCUGCUGCGCCAGGGUUACACCAUCCGCAUCCUCCUCUGGACCUUUGUGCAAUCCUUCAAGGCCCUCCCAUACGUCUGCCUGCUGAUCGCCAUGUUGUUCUUCAUCUACGCCAUCAUUGGGAUGCAGCUCUUCGGAAACAUCGGCCUGGAUGACAGCACCCCCAUCAACCGACACAACAACUUCCACAAUUUCUUCAAUGCUUUGAUGCUCCUGUUCAGGAGUGCAACGGGGGAGUCAUGGCAGGAUAUCAUGCUGGCUUGCCUGAGUGAGAAGAGAUGUGAGGAGUCCUCGGAUCACCACUGUGGCACCGACUUUGCUUAUUUCUACUUCGUCUCCUUCAUUUUCCUGUGCUCGUUCCUCAUGCUGAACCUGUUUGUGGCCGUCAUCAUGGAUAACUUUGAGUACCUGACCAGAGAUUCGUCAAUCCUGGGCCCACACCAUCUGGAUGAGUUUGUGCGAGUCUGGGCUGAGUAUGAUCGCGCUGCCUGCGGCCGAAUCCAUUACACUGACAUGUAUCAAAUGUUGACCCUCAUGUCACCACCGCUGGGUCUGGGGAAGAAAUGUCCUUCGAAAGUGGCUUACAAGAGGCUGGUAUUGAUGAACAUGCCUGUGAGUGAAGACAAGACUGUUCAUUUCACUUCUACCCUCAUGGGCCUAAUCAGGACAGCACUUCACAUCAAGCUUGCGAAAGGGGGAGCUGAUAAGCAGCAGUUAGAUGCAGAGUUACGAAAGGAGAUUAUGACUAUUUGGCCUCAUCUCCCUCAGAAGAGCUUAGACCUCCUGGUUCCAAUCCACAUGCCCACUGACCUCACAAUCGGGAAAAUCUAUGCGGCCAUGAUGAUCAUGGAUUACUACAAGCAGAGUAAAACCAAAAAAUACCAACAGCUACAGGAGGAGCAGAGUCGAACACCGAUGUUCCAGCGGAUGGAAGCUUCGUCUCUGCCUCCACAGAUUAUCUCCAGUACCAAAGCGCUGCCUUUUCUGCACCCAGACAUGGGCCAUGACAUGGAUAGCCGAAGUGAGUUUGCCCCUCUGGUGCCCUUGCCCCCAUCGAUUAUGUUUCAGCAUAGUAGGAUGUCAACACGGCAAGCCGAGGAAUUCCGUGACCAGCGGCUAAAGGAGCUAGAAAAAGGAAGACUGCGGUAUCCCCACAACAGCCAUUACCUCCCCAUCGAAAACCAAGGACGAGCUGUGUCAAUGCCACGACUGGAGCUGGAGUCUGAGUCGACAGAAGACAUCAGUCCAAUGAAACGCUCUUUCUCCACGUUUGCUGGCCACCACUCGACUGGGACCUGGCUCAAUGAGUACUCACUGGAGAGAACCAGCCCAGAGGACCUGUACCAGAAACGGGGCCGCAGACCACUGAGGUCAUCCGGCAGGUCUUCAGCUGCAGGUAGCCUGGACAGAGGCCGUUCAAAGGAAAGGAAACACUUGCUGUCACCUGAUCGAUCCCUAUGCACCUCAGCAGAACGUGCUCAGUAUCAACAGCACCAUCCCCGGGAUGGGCGGCUCUCUCGGUCCCCUAGUCUCAGCAGGUCUCAUUCCCAUCGGGGACAGGCCAGCAGUCCGGUCAGUGAGAGCCCGAUCCCUUCGACAUCUGGGACCAACACGCCAAGACAGGGGAGACGGCAGCUCCCGCAGACACCCCCAAAACCGCGGCCGCACAUCUCGUACUCUCCGGUUGCCCAGCGGCCUGAGCCGUGGUCGCCGCCGCCGCCCUCCUCCUGUGAGCAGGCCACGCCGAGAGGCAAGGGCGAGUGCCGCUACCAGUCACUGAGAGUGCGGCCCAGCAAGGCCCUCUGGGGCGAGUCGCCGGGUCUGAGCACCAAGAGCGAGAGCCAGCACUCGACGCCGCUGCGCUACAUCUCGGAGCCGUCGCUGAGCCUGCACGAGGAAGGGGGCAGCCUGGACCAGGAGCAGGGCCCCGGGGAGGAAACCCUCACCUUCGAGGCCGCGGUCGCCACCAGCCUGGGCCGCUCGCACACCAUCUCGUCGGCACCGCCACUCCGCCACAGCUGGCAGCUGCCCAACGGCAGCUACCGCGCCAGGGUGGGGGCAGCCGGGUCGAGGGCAACGGGCUCAGGGGCAACUACCAUCGGCAUCGGACCACCCCUCACUCUCGCCGACCAAGGCCAGGAGCAAGACCAGGACGACCAGUGUUAG